AUGGCUUCCCAGACUGCUCCUCUCCGUCUCGGCUCCGUCGCCCCCAACUUCCAGGCCGAGACCACCCAGGGCAAGAUUGACUUUCACGAGUUCAUCGGCGACAACUGGGUCAUCCUCUUCUCCCACCCCGAGGACUACACUCCCGUCUGCACCACCGAGCUCGGUGCUUUUGCCAAGCUGGAACCCGAGUUCUCCAAGCGCGGUGUCAAGUUGAUCGGUCUCUCUGCCAACACUAUCGAGUCUCACGGUGGAUGGAUCAAGGACAUUGCCGAGGUCACUGGUGGCAAUGUUUCCUUCCCUAUCAUUGGCGACAAGCAGCGCCAGGUCGCUCUCGCAUACGACAUGAUCGACCACCAGGACGCCACCAACGUCGACGAGAAGGGCAUUGCCUUCACCAUCCGCUCCGUCUUCUUCAUCGACCCCAAGAAGAAGAUCCGUACCAUCCUCUCCUACCCUGCCUCGACCGGCCGCAACGCCGCUGAGGUCCUCCGCAUCAUCGACUCGCUCCAGACCGGCGACAAGCACAGGGUCACCACCCCCAUCAACUGGGUUCCUGGUGACGACGUCAUUGUCGCCCCCUCGGUCAAAGAUGAGGAGGCGAAGACUCUUUUCCCCAACUUCCGCACUGUCAAGCCUUACCUCCGCUUCACCCCUCUCCCUAAGGCUUAA